UUACGUGAUCAUGUAAACGAAAUGCGAGUUUUAGGAAAGUGCACUAUUUUGGUCAGGCAAACCCGGAGCUUAUCGACGCAAUCUGGGCGCCGCAGAGUGGUGGUCACGGGAAGUGGCGCAGUCACUCCGCUGGGCAACAAUGGACCGGAUUCCUGGCGACGCAUACUGGCCGGCGAGUCGGCAAUCUCUCGGCUGAGUGCGGAGUUCAAGGGCUUGCCCUGCCAGGUUGCGGCUCAAAUCCCGAGGGAAAAGCUACAUCUGGACCAGCACCUGACCAAGUCGGACAUUAAGCUGAUGAGCCCCGCCACCCAGUUUGCCGUAUUGGCGGCUGAGGAGGCCUUGGCCACCGGAAAGUUGUGCCCCAAGCAAUUGAGCGAGGAGGAGCUUGAGCGGAUCGGAGUGUGCGUGGGCAUGGGCAUGUUCGACCUGGCAGAGGUCUAUGGCGCCUGGAACCAGCUGCAACGGGGCUACAACAGAGUAAGCCCCUUUUUCGUGCCCAGGCUGCUGCCCAGCAUGGCAUGUGGUCACAUCAGCAUGCGACAUGGCUUAAGAGGACCGAACCACUCGGUGUCCACGGCCUGCGCCACAGGUGCCCAUGCCCUGGGCGAUGCCAUGCGUUUCAUCCGCAGCGGAGAUGCCGAUGUGAUGCUGGCGGGUAGUGGUGAGGCCUGCAUAGAUCCCCUCUCCAUCGCUGGAUUUUGCAGACUGCGGGCUCUGAGCACCGCAUUCAACGAUAAUCCGUCGGUUGCGUCCAGACCGUUUGACAAAUCCCGGGAUGGCUUUGUGAUGGGCGAGGGCGCAGCUGUGCUCUUGCUAGAGGAACUGGAGCACGCCCGCGCUCGGGGAGCUCCUAUUCUAGCCGAGAUUCUGGGCUACGGCUUGUCCGGAGAUGCCUAUCACAUAACGUCGCCCAGCGAUGACGGUGCCGGAGCCACUCUUGCCAUGAAGCGGGCCAUACAGGAUGCUGGAAUUGCACCAGAGGAUGUUACCUAUGUAAAUGCCCACGCAACCUCCACUCCCACCGGGGAUCGCAUUGAGUCACACGCUAUAGGUCGUGUUUUCGGAGCGCACACUCCGCAGGUGAGGGUCUCCUCCACCAAGGGAGCACAUGGCCACCUGCUGGGCUCCUCCGGCAACCUGGAAGCGCUCUUUGUGGUGCUCGCCUGCGCGGAUAACAAGCUGCCGCCCUCCAUCAACAUUGAGCACCUCGAUGUGGACGUCAAUGUGGUCACGAAAGCCACUAAAUGGUCGGCGGACCAGAAGCGACGCGUUGCCCUCAAGAAUUCCUUCGGCUUUGGAGGAACCAAUGCCUCCCUCUGCAUUGCUAGCUACAUUGAAUAGUAGCGGCGAUUUGUUAACUAUUUUUUAGAGAUCCAAGUAAAUAAAAUCCUUAAAUGUUUGCAUA